GAGCUCGCCGGAGCCGCCCCUGGCGUCAGCGCUGGCGGCAAGGGCUGGAGCCGGGGCUGCUCCCGCCUCCUCCUCCUCCUCCCUCCUCCUCCAUUGUAUAAUGCUGCGUGAUCGAGCGGAGGCUUAAAUCCUCCUCCUCCUCUUCCUCCUCCUCCGCACCCCGGCGCAGCGCGGGAGCGCCAUAUGGAGCUGCUGUGAGGGGCGAGAGCCGGCGCCCCGCGUGCUCGAGUUGCCGGCUGGAGCCGCAUGUGAUAUAUGUUGGGGAAAGGAGGAAAGCGGAAGUUUGACGAGCAUGAAGAUGGGUUGGAAGGCAAAGUGGUGUCUCCUACUGACGGUCCCUCUAAGGUGUCGUACACCUUACAGCGUCAGACUAUCUUCAACAUUUCCCUUAUGAAACUUUAUAACCACAGGCCAUUAACCGAGCCAAGCUUGCAAAAGACAGUUUUAAUUAACAACAUGCUGAGGCGAAUCCAGGAAGAACUCAAACAAGAAGGCAGCUUGAGGCCCGUGUUUGUGACCGCGUCGCAGCCCGCCGACCCUCUCAGCGACAACUUCCGCGAGGCCCAGCCGGCCUUCAGCCACCUCGCCUCCCCGUCCCUGCUCCCCACUGACUUGGUAAGCACUACGCCCCUGGAGUCCUGCCUCACCCCGGCCUCUUUGCUCGAGGACGACACUUUUUGCACUUCCCCGACCGUCCAGCACGACGGUCCGACGAAACUACCACCUCCUGCUCUCCAGCCAGUCAAGGACAGCUUCUCCUCAGCCUUGGAUGAAAUCGAGGAGCUCUGUCCCACACCUACCUCCGCAGAGGCAGUAGCAGUAGCAGCCGAAUCAGCCGCCGGUGACUCUAAAGCCCACCCCUGCGAGUCCAGCGUUCCCAAGCCCGAGGGCGUCGCGGAGAGCAGAACGGCCGAGUCCAAACUCAUGGAGCCGCUCCCUGGCAACUUCGAGAUCACGACUUCCACAGGUUUCCUCACAGACUUGACCCUGGAUGACAUUCUGUUCGCUGACAUUGACACGUCCAUGUAUGAUUUUGACCCCUGCACGUCGGCCGCGGGGGCUGCCUCCAAAAUGGCGCCCGUCUCGGCGGACGAGCUCCUAAAGACGCUGGCGCCGUACAGCAGCCAGCCAGUAACUCCAAAUCAGCCUUUCAAAAUGGACCUCACAGAACUGGAUCACAUCAUGGAGGUGCUUGUUGGGUCUUAAAGCGUAGAAAUAGAGCAACUCUCUCUCUCUCUCUCUUUUUAUUUUAUUUCUUUCGUUUUAAGUACCAGUAUAUACACUCGGUAGUAUUUCCAUCGUCCCUCCCACCCGAUUCACAGCACUGUGCAUGCGUCCUUGCUUGCCUUUUUGGAAAAGAAAAGGAUCACACUAGUUUUUGCUUCAAGCAGAGUUGGAGUGCCUUCAUCCAUGUACGACCACUUCUAAUGUAUUUUUUUCCAAGUGGUUCCUCAAGGAAGACCGAAUAUCCGGUAGAGGAAAGAAUACGUAUUGUAGACAAUGUUAUGUUAUUACAGAAAAAAAAAAGAAAUUGUACAAGCUAAGCACAAGGAUUAUGUUGGGGAAAGCUGUAAAUUGCAUGUGCAUAUUUGUCUAUUUUUUCUAUAAGUUUUAUUGCGAGAGGUUAAAAAAAAAACAAAAGAAUUAUUAUUUAGAUAAUCUCAAUAC